GAGGCGGCGCUCUGGGCGCGCCGCGCCGCUGCCUCUGUGGUACCGUCGGUGAGGGCGGGGGAGCUGCUUCCGGCUUCCGCUGCCCUUGCUGCCGGCGGGAGGUGACGGGACCAAGAGCCGCGAUGUGGCGGAACCUGCUGGGUCUUCACCAAAUUUCCCAGAGGACCAUAAGCACUGCUUCACACAGGCAGUUGCAAAAUAGAGUUCCUGAGAAGCAGAAGCUUUUUCAGGAGGAUAAUGGCAUCCCAGUGUAUCUUAAAGGUGGUGUAAUGGAUUCUCUGUUGUAUAGGCUCACCAUGGGUCUUACAGCUUUUGGAACGGCUUAUGUUGUUUACGAGCUGCUUGUUGCUUCAAUGCCCAAGAAGCAGAAAUGAUUCCAGUUCUUGAUGCCUCAGUGACCAGCAUCUCUUCGUCCAAUUCCAUGUGACUAUGGUGGCAGCUUAUACUUGUUGUAAGCAGCUGGCUUAAUGCUUGGAAUCAUAAUUUAAUUGCAAAAUAUUAACUGCAAUCAAUAAAGCAGUUUCUAUGUUG